AUGGAAAGUCGAUCUACAGGUCCUUUGACGACAGAGACUUAUGAUGGCCCCACUGUGGCCUUCAUGAUUUUAGGUGCGGCAUUGGUAUUUUUUAUGGUGCCUGGGCUGGGAUUCUUGUACUCUGGGUUGGCGAGAAGAAAGUCAGCAUUAGCAUUGAUUUGGGUUGUACUAAUGGCAACACUGGUUGGUAUACUGCAAUGGUAUUUCUGGGGCUACUCAUUGGCUUUUUCUAAGUCCGCUUCCAACAAUAAGUUCAUAGGGAACCUGGAUUCAUUUGGGUUUAGGAACGUAUAUGGGAAAAAGUUCGAUGAGGAUGUCUAUCCUGAGCUAGCAUAUGCAACCUUCCAAAUGAUGUUUUCGUGUGUCAACUUGAGUAUUAUUGCCGGCGCUACUGCUGAAAGAGGUAGGCUGUUACCGCAUAUGGUUUUCCUCUUUAUUCUAGCCACUAUUGGGUACUGCCCUGUAACGUAUUGGAUUUGGUCGCCGGGUGGUUGGGCAUACCAAUGGGGGGUGUUAGAUUGGGCAGGCGGUGGGAACAUUGAAAUCCUAAGCGCCGUUGCCGGGUUUGUUUACUCUUGGUUUUUGGGUAAAAGAAAUGAAAAGUUGCUGAUAAAUUUCAGGCCUCAUAAUGUAUCAUUGGUUACUUUGGGUACGUCCAUACUAUGGUUUGGUUGGCUAUUAUUUAAUUCAGCGUCAUCAUUAUCUCCGAAUUUAAGAUCAGUUUAUGCAUUUAUGAACACGUGCCUCAGCGCCAUUACUGGUGGGAUGACCUGGUGCCUAUUAGAUUAUAGAUCAGAAAAGAAAUGGUCGACGGUCGGCUUGUGUUCUGGUAUUAUUUCGGGACUGGUAGCUGCAACACCGAGCUCAGGCUGUAUAACUCUUUAUGGUUCACUUAUUCAAGGUAUCGUCGCAGGGGUUGUCUGUAACUUUGCGACGAAAUUGAAAUAUUACGCCAAAGUAGAUGAUGCCAUGGAUAUCCUGGCUGAGCACGGAGUUGCUGGUGUAAUAGGGCUAAUUUUCAAUGCACUUUUCGCAGCAGACUGGGUCAUCGGAAUGGACGGUGCUACAGAGCACGAAGGUGGCUGGAUAACUCACAACUACAAGCAAAUGUACAAACAGAUUGCUUACAUCGCUGCGUCGAUUGGGUACACUGCCGCUGUGACGGCAAUAAUUUGCUUUGUGCUCGGGUACAUCCCCGGUAUGAAGCUAAGGAUAUCUGAAGAAGCAGAGGAAUUAGGUAUGGACGAAGAUCAAAUUGGUGAAUUUGCGUAUGAUUAUGUAGAGGUUAGAAGAGAUUAUUACCUAUGGGGUGUAGAAGAAGAUUCCCAACAUUCAGAUGUAAAUCACCAUGUGAGAGAUGAUCAUUCGGCGGUUGACCGUAGCAGCACUGUCACUAAUAGCUCUUCGGACGGAAAUGAAGAAAUUGUUCAAUCCGAAAAAAUCGUACCUAUUCAUCAAGAAAAACCCACUAGAAGGUAG